ACAAAAAAAUGUGGUGAAUUAUCAUGUGUAUAUGUAUCCAAUACGUUAUUUGUUAAAAUGUUAUAUUUAAUAAUAUAAUAUAUUAUGCUAAUUUAUUUAUUUUUAUAUAUAUUUAUUAUUAAUUAACACUAUAUACACAUACAAAAUACUUAUUUUAAACUAGUUAUUAUUAAUAUUAAUAAUUACUGAAUUACUGAAUUAGAAAAGGAAAACGGAGGACAAUAGACACCAGUGAGAGAAAUUCGACACGAGCGAGUCAACUUUGGCCGAAGCCUCCGGCCAGUGCCACCCUUAUUUGCCAUUUCAUUUCCGCAAAAAGUUCUAUGCAGAGAACAGAAGGGAAAUAAAGAGUUGAUUAGGAGUCUCGAUCCAAGUGAACACAUAAUGUCGAGAAAACUCUCUUCGCAUCGACGAAUCCUAAGUCUACUUCGAUCCACUCCUAAAACAACCAGUUCAUUUGCCGCCGCCGCCACCACGUCCAUUUCUUCUUCUUAUUCUUCUCCAUCUCCUUCUCCGGCUGCGUUCCGUUCACCGGUCACGUUCUUCCCUCACCACUUCAGUACCGUGUCAGAGAAUGUUGUUAAGAAAGUGGAGGAUGUAAUGCCGAUUGCAACUGGCCAUGAGCGCGAAGAGCUUGAAGCUGAGCUCCAAGGAAGGGAUAUUCUUGACAUUAACUUUCCCGUCGGUCCAUUUGGAACAAAGGAGGCGCCUGCUAUUGUCAAAUCCUACUUUGAUAGAAGAAUUGUCGGAUGCCCCGGAGAUGAAGGAGAAGAUGAGCAUGAUGUUGUUUGGUUCUGGCUUGAGAAGGGUAAGCCACAUGAAUGUCCAGUAUGCUCACAGUAUUUUGAGUUGGAGGUGGUUGGACCUGGAGGACCUCCUGAUGGACAUGGCAGUGAUGAUGAAGGUCAUCACUGAUAGUUUGUCUUGCAAUUUUUUAUCGGAAUAAAUUUGGCUCAGACAAUGAGAGAUUACUCAUUUUUACAAACUGAUGAUUCAGAAAUGUGUUCUUUCUUUGCCUUUACUGGAUUAUUGUUCUUAUGGUUGCUAUAGCAGCAGUGAAGUUGAAUAUUUUUGCUUAUAUAUUUUUUACAAUGGACAUGUGGUCUACUUGAAAUAUAGACCGAGUUUUUUUAAA